AUGGAUCUAUUUUUGCAAUACAGACUGGGCGACAUUUCAUUUGAUGAAUUUCACAGAAGAACAAUUCAAAACGAGUUUGAAAGGAUUCUCGAAGAGCCCUCGUUAAACUUAAAAAACUACUGUUUCAAUAGACGGUCCAUUCAUGAUACAGGCAAGAGCACUCACUUAAAUAUAGGCGUUAGCUGUCUUGAUAUUGAUAACACCGGUCAAGUGUUAUUAGGAGGUGGUGAUGACGGAUCACUUUCAGUAUGGGGUUUAGAUGAAUCAUCUCAUCAGAACGAUGAAGGUCAACAAGAACUAAUCAACAAAAGACUAAAUUUCAUCAAACGACAGCCUCACCAAAAUGAUAGUGAACACACUCAAACACCGUAUCAUGAGGAUAAAAAACAACGAUUACAUGAUUCUAAUGCUACAAGAUUAGUUCACAGUUUCCAAACACAAAGAAACAAAUACCGAAUGUAUAGACAAAGUACUGCAACAGAUUCGGGUUCAAGGUCACAUAUGACAAGUGCAAAUAACGGCUGCGCAGGCGUUAGAAACACUUCACUAUCAGAAACUGAUGCAGAAGAUGUAAUAUCGCAUCAUAGGUAUGGAAUUACUACUUUGAAAUGGUACAGAACGGACAAUGGCAUGUUUUUCACAGGAUCUAAUGAUAAGACUGUCAAACUAUGGGACACAAAUAGGUUUGAGGCAGUUCAAAAUAUAAAUUUAGGGUACAAAAUAAACCAAAUUGACAAUAACAUUGCUGAUAGUAGUUCUUUGCUUGUCGUAGCAAGUGAAGACUAUUACCCAAGACUGAUCGAUUUAAGAACCAUGAAUUCAGGUAUCACCACACUUGGAAUGGGAAACAAGACACGAAUGCAGUCCGAAAUCUUAUGCUGUAAGUUUAACCCAGUGAGAGAACAGAUCAUUGCAUGUGGCGACAUGCAGGGCGGAAUAAAAUUAUGGGAUUUAAGGAUGAGGAAUAAGUUAUAUUUGCAACUGAAAAGAAAUAAAAAAGGACUAGACAUUAUAGGAAACAAUAAUGACAGUGGAGAUGAUGUGUAUUUUAGUUCCAACGAAUCGAACGCUCAUUUGAAAUGCUGUUGUGACAUUGUAUGGAAUAACGAAGGCUCGGAAUUAUGUUCUACUGGUGCGGAUGGAAAAUUGAUUAUUUGGAGACCGUUUACUGAGAUACUACGAAAAGACGAUAUUACGAGUUAUAAGCAGUUAGGACCGCAGGAUCUGAACCGUAUCAAAUACAAGAAGAGACUUUCACAAAGAUUGCUCUGGUUUGACAAGUUCUUACUGUGCAUCACUGAUAAUGGGGAAAUACAAAUAUACAACACAGAGGAAGGAAAACUAUGGAACAAACUUGAAUACCCAAUGGGGCAUAAUCAAGUAAAGAGAAGUUUGGCCUCGCAUUGCCAAUUUAGUUCCAUGGCCUUACAGACAAAUAUGAUGAACUCUGUUGGUCUCAGACUGUUCUUGGGAACUAACAGCAACACUGUCAGUGAUGGAGGGUCCAUUUUUGAGUGUUCCUGA